AUGCUUCGAAUCGCAUUUUACAAUGGACCCUAUGAUAGAAAGUACCUGCCCGGUUCCGUGCUCACCGGCUGCGUUGUCACCGGAAAUCGCACGCCAAUGUCGGCGAGAUUUGUGAAAGUUGAGUGGGAAGGCCGCUCGAGCACUUGCUGGAGCGGAGCUUCUGACGCAUUCGCCCCUUGUGUCUUCUUUAAAGGCGAGAAACUCGUCUGGCAACAGGAUGUUGGAACGGUAAGAUCCAGUGGUUAUUUCGAAAAGUUGUCAACAGGAAAAAUGUUGGAAAUUUUGUGCUCUACAACUUUGUAGUUGACCACUUUGCUCUAAACUUUGUCAUUUUUGAGUUAUGGGCCAUUUUCUAAAUGGUUUCUGUGAGCACCGAAAAUUAGCUGACACCGUACUGUAGUGUUAGUUGAAAUUUUCUGUAACGCAAAAAUGAAACGUUUUGAGGUUAAAUGAUCAACUACAAAGUUGUAGAGCACAAAAUUUCCAACAAUUUUCCAAUUGACAACUUUUUGAAGUAAUCACCAGUUCUCAAGAUACGCGGCCGCUACUUCAGACCAAAAUCUUCGCCGGCGUCCAACACUUUCGGUUCUCAUUCCGUCUCCCCGACGAGUGUCCGCCGAGUUUCAACGGAAAGUUCGGAAGCAUCGAGUACACCAUCAAAGGCACGAUCAACCGUCCGAUUCUGCCGAAUUUGCACUUUGAGCGCAAGUUCACCGUCACCAAACCGUUCGCAAAUCCCGACGCGAACUUGAUGACCCGCUGCUGGAGCACUUCGACGGAUCGUGUGGACGCCAAGAAGGCAAAUGAGGUGGAGAUUACGGUAGGUGGGCAGAAAUUCGAUGCUAAACAACUUUUGUUUUCCAGCUGAGCCUCCCGAAACGUGUCUACUACCCAGGGGACGUUCUCGUCCCGCAGGUCUCGAUCAAAAACAAUUUCGAGCUGACGCCAGUGACGCGCGUGGAUCUCUACCUCCAUCAGCUCUCCCACUAUCACACUUCUCCGCAGGAGCGUCCCUGUCGAUCGGUGUACCCCGUCGAUUGUCCGUUGCGGGCCGAGAAUCAAGAGUUCAGCUGGGAGAUUGUGGAGCAGCGCGGAGUCGAGAUGAAAGUGCAGCCGCAGGAGCGGAAAACCGAAGAGUUUCAUAUAAAUCUGCCCCUCGAUGUGGUGCCGAGCUUCGAGCAUCCGUUGAUCACUGUCGAGUACGCGGUGAAGGCGGUCGUGGACGGUGGCGAGUCGUCGGAGCCGGUCUACUGCUCCCUCGGAUUCCAGGUCAUCAAUCCCGAGGAUGAGCCGCGGAGAGCAGAGCCACUUGCAGAUUUCCGAUCGGAACGAAACUUUGCAAACUUCUUCGUCAUGGAUUGA